GCCUUCUCUAGAAUCGUCAGGGCCGGGCCUGAGCUCCCACCGACGGCACCCCGGGCCCAGUGCAGUCGCAAGCCUCCCCUCCAAUGAUUCAGAAGUCACGCCCGGCGCUGCUGCAGCCUCAAGAUGUCGGAGACAGGGUGGAAACGCUUAUGUUGCAGCCCGUGAUCAAAGCUUUCCUGUGUGGCUCCAUCAGUGGGACCUGCUCUACCCUCCUUUUCCAACCCCUGGAUCUCCUGAAAACGCGCCUGCAGACCCUCCAGCCCUCAGCCCGUGGAUCCAGACGUGUUGGGAUGUUGGCUCUGCUCUUGAAUGUGGUUCGCACGGAGAGUCUUUUGGGCCUCUGGAAAGGGAUGUCCCCUUCCAUCGUGAGGUGCGUCCCUGGCAUUGGAAUCUACUUUGGCACUCUCUACUCUUUAAAGCAGUACUUCCUGCGAGGCCAUCCCCCCACCGCCCUGGAGUCAGUCAUACUGGGGGUGGGCUCCCGCUCUGUUGCGGGGGUCUGCAUGUCACCCAUCACUGUGAUCAAGACACGGUACGAGAGCGGGCGGUACGGCUAUGAGAGCAUCUUCGCGGCCCUGAGGAGCAUCUAUCACAGCGAGGGGUACCGGGGUCUCUUCAGUGGCCUGACAGCAACACUCCUUCGUGAUGCCCCCUUUUCUGGAAUCUACUUGAUGUUUUACAACCAGACCAAAAACAUUGUGCUUCGUGGUACGGACCAGUUGGAUGCAGUCCUUGUUCCCGUUGUAAAUUUCAGUUGUGGGAUAUUUGCUGGGAUUCUGGCCUCACUGGUAACUCAACCUGCAGAUGUUAUCAAAACUCACAUGCAGCUCUCCCCAAUGAAAUUUCGGUGGAUUGGCCAGGCAGUGACACUCAUUUUCAAAGACUAUGGGCUGCGUGGCUUCUUCCAAGGCGGUGUCCCCCGGGCCCUCCGCAGAACUCUGAUGGCAGCCAUGGCAUGGACAGUCUACGAAGAGAUGAUGGCCAGGAUGGGCCUGCAGUCCUGACCGAGCCAGGACCAGGCAGAGAUGGGAUCUGUUGCCCUGCCUGGUUUCUGCCAAGGACCUCUUCAGCUCACUACCCUGGACCUGGACGAAGUCCUAUCU